AUGGCUGUACCAUUUCGUGCAAAGGAUGUUGCUGCUGAUAGAACUGAAUUCGGUCACCCUGAUGUUGCUUUAGUAUUAACACAACUCUCAUAUUAUUAUUCUGGCUUAAAUGAUUCACGAUUAAUUCAAUGUUUCGAUCGUUUAAGUGAAAAAGAAAGUGAUCCUGCAUCCAUUUAUGAACUAUGGAUUCUACCCGAAGAGCAAGAUGGAGUACCUUCAAGUAUCAAACAAUGGAAAGGAGUUAAUUUAAAAGAUUACCAACAACGAACCCAAGAUCUCGCUCCGACUCUACAAUGCAAUAAUGUUACUAAACAAUUUCCUCAUAAAUUAAUUUCAUCAGCUCGGGAUUUAUCUUCAUCUUUACGAUCAAAAAUAAUAACUGGAUUUAGUGCCACUAAUGAUACACAAUUAUUACUUCCAGUUCAUAUUCUUCAGUAUGAUUUACCUGAACUUCAAAAAACUGGUGCCAUCGUUGUUAAUCAUUUAUUACAACCUGAAAAUGAAAGUUAUCAAUAUUUACCAAUUAAUGCCACCGCAGAAGACAUUUUAAAUCAAAUAAUCAACUACAAAGAAAGUAUUAACGUUAUUUUAGAUGUCGGUGCACUAUUUAUCGAUGGAACUAAUCGAGAUAUAGCUGUUAAAUGGUUAAAUCAAUUCAAUAAAAAUAGAAUUGAUUAUGCCGUUUAUUUUGAUUCGGACUCAAUUGUUGUUUGUGAUCGUCGACUCCAUCAUUAUCGAUUUGAAACAUCACCUACGAGUGAACGGCUAGAUCGUUGCGUAUUUUAUUUAGAUGAAAUUCAUACCAGGGGAACUGACUUUAAAUUUCCAAAUGGAUUUCACGCUGCAGUUACUUUAGGAAAUGGUUUAACAAAAGAUCGUUUUGUUCAAGCGUGUAUGAGAAUGAGAAAAUUAGGAAAAGGUCAUGCAUUAACAUUUUGGAGUUCAAAUGAAGUUCAUCAACAAAUAAUAAAAUCCCAAAAACACGCAUGUAUUGCAAAUCAAAAAGAAAAUAUUAAUACUUUCAUCAAUCUAAUUGAUAUUCUUUGUUGGGUUUAUGAGAAUACACAACAAUCGACUUGGGAUGAAUUAUAUUAUUGGGCUGCACAAAGUUUAAGUUUUCAACGAAAAAAAUAUGGUGGAACAAAACAACGUCUAUCUCAAUUAUUAGAUGAAGAACAACAACGAGAAUUAGAACAUGAAUUGGAAGAGGAACGACAAUUCGCAUACUCUCUACCUGUCAAGCCAUGCUGUCCUAAACUACACGAAGAAAUCAAACGAUUAUGUGACAUAAAUAGUAAUGUAUUGAAGUUAGCACGAUUAUCUAAUGUAUUUCGCCCCCUACCGUAUGCAUUCACUAACACAGCAUUUUUCGAUGACUGUCAACCAAACAGUUGGCGAUCAAAUUUUUGGGUUUCUACUAAAUUUCAGCGUGUGAUUGAGACUAAAGGACAGUCAUUAAAUCCAUUUCUGCAUCCUCCACGAUGGAUUGUCGUCUAUCGAAAUCAACAUAUUAUUUUCAUUAGCGCUUUUGAAGCUAAUUGGUUGAUGGGUUGCUUGAAAUCUAACAAAUCAUUGAUAACCACAUUACGCUUAUUAUUACCUCGUAUUAAGCGACUUCAAUCAAUUUUUAUCAAUACUCCAACUCUCACAAUUCCGCCAUCAAUGGGGCUCUCUGAUGAAACUGUCGCUUACUUCAUACCAAUAGAAUGGUUGGUACAAUUGUUUGUCUUUAACGGCACUCUCUAUUUUGAAACAGCUGAUGAACAAACAGCUUUUUGCCAAUGUUUAAGUUUAUGUCCUCAACCGCGAACUCCUAUCGAAGAAGCAGCCUUUGAAAAAGGUUGGAUUGCAAUCGACGGAUUCGCGAGUAAUUUAAAUCAUAGCCGUCAUUUAUCAAUGAACCAAGCUCAAUUCACACUAAAUCCACUAAAAUUUGUGAAGCAACUGAUUGAAAAUCGUAAUAAUUUCCAUGCACCCAUAUCAUCACAUGUUGGUAGUAUUGUUCUCAAUUCAUUCAAACUUAUUUAA